AGUUGGUUGAGUUUGACAUUUGACAACUAAUACAAUAAUUUGACAAUUUACAUUUUAUUAAAGUAAAAAUUGUGACAAUUUUUUUGUAUAUUAUAAUGUUAAAAGUUAAAAUUUCCAUGUAAUCUUGCGUACAUCUUAAUACUGAAAUCUGAUUUCUGUCCUAAGUAUAAAUGUAGAAAUGGCGUAUACCGAAAAGGUGUUAUUGAGUGGAACCGCUCUGUCAUUUCUAUUUUAUGAAUGUGUUAACUCGGGCAAUAGUCAGGAGGGAUUCCUAAUAGGCGACGUGACUUCAGAAAUAACCAACCAUAUUUCUGACACCCAGAGUGAUAACACCCGCCUAGACACUCAAAUUAAUAUAAAAACGGUACUCCCGUUACCUUCAGUAUCCCUGUUUUAUUUACCAACAGGCAGAAUAAAGGAAGACAUCCUCUCUGAUUUGUUAGCUAGCACUGCCAGUGAAAUUGUGGGUUGGUACAAAUAUAGGAAAAAUGCAAACAUCAAACCUACUUUCAGAGAUAAAUUAAUAUCAAAAGGACUACAAAAAUACUUUGAAAAACAUCAUGGGAAGAAAAAUUUUGUGUCAUGUAAUAUAUCAAACAAGGCAUCAGCUUCCGGAUCUACACACACUUUCAUGUACAGAUUUGGGAAAAUCAAUUGUUUUGAUAUGUAUGAAUACAUUGAAGAUGUAACAGCGAAUUUAGGUGAAAAAUACACAGGAUACAGGAAAGCAUACAAGUCGCCUCCACACAGUAUUUUUAGUAAGAUUGUAAAGGACAGUAAAGUACAGGUCAACAAUACAAGUGAAGCAAUAUUAACUAUUCAAGAAGCUGUGGAUGUAAAACUGAUCAAAGAAGCUAAAAUUGCUGCAAAAAAUGAAUGUACCAUUAGGGAGCUAGAAGCAGAAAUUAAGCAGAUGGCUACCAUUUUAUCAGAUAAACAAUCAUUUGAAUUACAAUCGACAUACAACAAGUACAUGGAGGAAAAGGCCAUGAACAGGGAGGCUGAAAUGGCUAAAGCAUGUUUAGAAGCAUUAAAAAUUCCUUUAAAAGUAGACAUAUUGAAUGCAAAAAAUGCUCCCAGAAACUCCAAUAAUAUGGACUUGGAGGAAACAGUGCAGUUAAUUGAGAAUGUUAGUGGUUUAAGUCCUUCAUUACUACAAGCCAGUUCAUCUAAACAAGGACUUAAUUAUGCAGCUGCUUUAAAGAGCAAAAAUGAAAUAGCAUCUACCAGUAAAGAACAAAAUCACAGUGAAGAUUUAAUUAUUUUUGAUGUGGAAGACAACCACAACACAAAUGUGAAAAAGACAGUGAAAGUGAAUGAAGAAAUAAACUGUGGUGAUAGUUCACCAGAAUAUUAAAAAGUGCCUUUACAACUUAAGUUUUUAAAUAAAUGUAGAAUAAGUUACCUUAAAAUAUAAGUGAAUCUUGUAACUAUUCUGUCUCUUGUUUGUUACUAGUAAUACUCAGAAUGUUUUGUAAAGAUUAUUGUAUACAUUAUGAUUCUUCAAUGCACAUUGUUUAUGUUUAAUGCAGACAGGCAUCUAUUGCUGUAUUCACUUCUUGUUGUUGUUUUAUCUCAUUUACUUAAUUCUAUCAUAAGUUACUGUAUGCUGGCUGAUAAAGAUGUUAAUGCUUAGCAUUGGGUUAUUAUUGACUUCAAUGUUUUCUACUUACUUUUAAUGUUCCGUUUUAUUGUUAGGAUUGCAUAAAUACAAAUGUAAAUAAAGCCGUUGAGUCAUUUAAUUA